UCCGUGAUAACUCGAAAAAUUUAUACGCUAGCGUAGAUUCAAAUCCCGUACUCGCAGUCAUGUUUCAUAGUGUAUGAAGUGUAAAGCAAAUGUAUCGAAGUGAACGAAGGGGCAGACUCGGAUCUUCAUCAGGUAAUAACAGGGAGACGCAAUUUUGUGCAGCAUUAUGGAAAACAAAGACCCACGGCUGAUUGUCGUUGAGUAUGGGAGCGGUGUUACCUUUGUGGUUGCGAACCGAUUGCACUGGUCAGAAGCUAUUGUCUGCUGCCCCCCAGGAGGGAUUCGCUCUGCCGCUGGGAACAUACAUGAGCAUGGAGGAUUCUUGACCUCGGGCCAACGAAGGAAGCGAGUGCUGCUGGUAGAAUCGAUCAGUGAGAUGACCGAUUGGCUUGGCUUCCUCGAUGCAUUUCAGAUUGUGGAAAAGUCGAUCCAGAUCAUCCGAGUUUGACCGAUGACGGUCGGUUGAGUUCAGAUACUGAGAUGAGCAUUGAUCCGAAGCAUUCCUGGUAGGAAAGGCAGUGGAAUCCCUCAUCCCAUGCCAGGCUUUGAUCGAAGAUAGAGACACGAUGGCGUUCAUGCUAGUAUGUACCUACGUUUGAGGCAAAGCCUGGACACCGUUUUUCCUUGUCCUGUCUUUUCUUUGCUUGGUCCAAUGCAUCCGUAGUUGAGAAUUGCAGUGUUCGCGCUGUUGUCGAUCUGCAGGAUAUUCUUUAGCUUCUAGUGAUGUUCGGGUCUCUGGCGUCUUUCUUUCUUGCACGAAGCUAAGCUUUGCACCGAUUUUGGCCAUCACGCUCAUUUUGAAAAGCAUCGCCGUAAACCGUUUCUGUUAUGGCGAACCUGUUGCUAAAGCUCUGGCAGAAAGUCGAACGUAGACAAGGGAACGGGGAUGAUUGCCUUUCUCUGUAAUGUAGGUGCUCAUCGCGUUGCUUAUCUUGUGCUCGGUGCUGCUGUACGCUGCUCCAAGAGCAUUCCUACCGGCCUUACGCUUGAACAAACGCCGAUGCUAUUGGUACAACAAGAAGACCGCGGAGGACUUUUGUGCCGAAAGCUUCAUCACGGCCGAGAUUGGCAAUGAACUUUUGGCCACUUGAACGUCUCCUCAUCUGUCGAACAUGGCCGGAGUUGAGAGGGAAAAUUAGCAGACAAAUUGGAACCUGCAUUCUUGGACCCCGAACGACAACUCUUUUGGAUACAUCUGGGAACCUUGUCAACUUCAAUUCUUACCGGUGCUCGUCCGGUUGGAUUGGUUUGACAGCAGUAGUUUUGGCUGCACCGAAGAGAAGGCGUGCGCAGAGACAAGCGCCAAGAGGAUAUGAGCUUCUUUCGGAGAGCUGGUGGGGACAAAUGUUGUGAAUAAGACGGACGAGCUUCAGAAUCGAAGAGAUGUAUACGAGGUUGCAUACAUCACCAUCAUCUUCGGACAUCAUCUUCGGACUCUCGCAUCGGACAAACUAAAAGUCGAAUGCAGUAUCGUGUCAACUAUUUCCUUGAAAGAAAAGCUCAGAUCGAACUGUAGUCUUCCAUAUGAAUGUCAGUCCUUUCGUCUCUCCAACCCUUCACAAUAUUCAGUAUCGGGCUUAACACAUAAUUUUUCCAAAAGACGUACGUCGUCAGUCGUCAAAACGAAAGUUCAGAAUGAGAACAACCGGAAGUGAUGAUGAAGUGAUGGGUAAUGUAACGAGGCAUGGUGUUGCAAUGGUGUACUUUGGUGAGGAUGACAACUAACCAACAGAGUUGGUCUGGCCGUACUCCGCAGGAGUAUGGCGAGUGGGAGAAGAGUGACUAAAGCCCGAAAGAUGUCCACUGCAGCGUCAGUGGACGAUGUGGUGGAUGAAAUUUAUAGACUCCGCCCAAACGAGUUCACUUUGCGGAAACUCCUGGACUUCUACACGAACAGUCCAGUGCUGGGCAAGUUUCUGAUCAUUCAGAAGGUGCGUGAGAGUUUGGCAACUCCAUUUGAGGAUGUGGUGGCCGAGGUCUGUAAGCUGUCACAGCAGUUAGAGCUCCGGGACGAGGAGGAACCGAAGCUUCCUUUGCCGGAUGAUCCAUGCCUGAGCAUGCACAUUGCGGUCAUAUUUGACGAUCCCGACAGCCUGUCGGGAAUUGUUCUCUUCCAUGUCAUCAGGAUCUUCAAUGCUCUGCAGAGGUCGGUCGAGCUGUAUGAUUGUGAGCGCGAUUGCGUCGUGGGUAUGGCUUGUGGAGUGUGGACUGAUCUCGUGGACUUGCUGGCACCUGUGGAAGACAGGCCUCUGCGAAUCUCGUCCCUUCUGCCAGCCAUCGAGUGGCUAAAACAGCAUCCUGAUGGAAUUGUCCUGGCGGAGUUUCGAGCAGAUACCAGGAAGAGAGAAAUGUGGAUGAGAAGGUGGCACAAGUGGCUCACGAUCGUGGACGAAUGUUGGGCCAUCAAAAAAUAUUUGGAUCCGUUCUAUGUAUUUCUUGAGGAGGCAGAUGGUGCUAUUUUUGCAGAGGUCGUGAAAUCGACUAACGAAAAUUUUGCCCACGCUUCCCCCAGACUUCCUGAACCUGCUCAAAUCGAUGUCAACCCCAGAUAUGGAAGUGCUCCACUUCGUCUGCGUAGAUUUGCAUCCCUUCCUGAAGCCACACAAGUAGCUUCUGCACUCCGAACGCACCUCUCUGUUCCGGGCUCGCAAGAUGGCAGCUGUGCACUUGCUGCCAGAAUAUGCACCUUCUCAUGCUACAACAUGAUCUGGUGGUAACAAAUUUCUAAUCAUUGACAUCUUCCGACAUUUCUUCUCGAAUUCGACACGAUCCCAACCAUCGUAAUGCUAUGUAUGAGCAUCAGUUUCACGGCUUCAGAGAGACUUCGAUUCUUUCUUGUGACGAGGUGUGUCGGCGCAAUAUAGCAAAGCCCAGAUGUGAUGCAAAUCUGUCUCGAACCAUUUUCUGACAUCUUCGCUGAAGGAAAUUGGACGUAAGACGCAUGUCUGAGCAAGAACUUGAAAUAAGGAGUCCAAUCAAAGAAAUGCUGGCUUUACAACAAGGGAAGCAAUGGCAAAAGAUCGAAUAUGAGAUGAUAGGUUAGCAUUCCACGGCAUCUCCCGACAACCUUGCGUUUCCCACACGUUCCGACUUGUGUCUGAGUCUCUACAGGACUUUGAUCGUCCAUGUGAAUUGCAUGUGGUGAGAACAUUGCUCUUGUGAUCGAAUGAAAUAGCACCUCUGUAGCUUUGCAAUGAUAAGUUCGGUGAAAAUCAGUGUCUCUGAAACCCCCAAUGUUGGAAUCUACUUUUUGAACCAAC